CCUUGUGAAAUGGAGUAGGAGUGGGGAAAGCGGCUCUGUGAGUCUGUGUAAGCUGGAGCUGACCCCGGUGUUUCUGUCCUGUCCUUUUUUUGUGUUUGCAGUAGCCGCCUGUGUGGACACAGAGACAGCAAAGAGCAAAAACCAGCCGGCAGCAGAUCCAGUCGGGAGAAAAACGGUAAGAAUAUCAGUCUGAAAUUCCUGAAGGCCUCUGAGAAGAACAUUCGCAGAUGGAGUCUAUCAAUUAUGACCGGUUCACUUCGGCUGAGGCUGAAAUCACUCAUCGUCAUCAUCAACAGGAGCCUCCAUACACACCCAACAGACAGAACAGGAGGAUCUGCAUCAUGUUCGGAGUUCUCUCAGUGUUCCUGCUCAUCCUCACACUCACAGUGGGAAUCAAAUUCACUCAGGUCGGUCAGCAGGUGUCUGAUAUGGUGGAGUCACUGCAGCUGGUCAGAGAGUCUGUUAAAUCACAUCAGAAAGCCACUGGUUUUAAUCCCGCGCCUGUAACUCCAGUCAGAGGCCCCUGUGAGGACGACUGGACGUUUUACAAAGAGAAGUGCUACUUUGUAUCCAAACUGAGGAAGAACUGGGAGGAUGCAGAGAAGAACUGUGUCCAGCGGGGGGCGCACUUAGCAGUGGUGAACGACGGAGAGGAGCUGGAUUAUCUAUCCCAGAUUCUUGAGACACAAGCGCAGUACUGGAUUGGUCUGGUUGAGAGAGAAGAGGGAAACUGGAGCUGGGUUGAUGGAACAGAUUUCACGAAAACUGAACAUUUCUGGGAUGAGGGUCAGCCAGAUGACUGGGACGUCCGUGUGAACGGAGAGGACUGCGGUCAGUUUCACCCUCCACGCACUUUCUUCCGCAGACUGUGGAACGAUGCGGACUGUACGCUGCCCUACAGAUACAUCUGUGAGGGGAAACCCAGGAGACACUGAGCUCAGACGGAGCUGGUUUUAUAUACAGGACCUCCAAACGUCGUGGGGUCAACAGAGUGUAUCAGUCAGAAUUCAGUUCAUUCCUGUAGAGCUGAUACAUAUGAAAUAAUCUGUGCAUGAUGUUCUUAAUUUGAUUAGUUUACCUUGUACAUGUUUGGAAAACUGUUUGAUGCUGUGUGUGAAUAAAAAUAAACUAAUCAUGAGUGAAAAAACACCCCAAAACUUA